AUGAGGAAAGGCUCUCCUUAUCAAAGUGGUGGCUCAGAGUAUUCCAAAUUAUGCUAUGGGAGUUUUAAACUUCCUGUAACAUUUUGUGCUGAGUUGAAUUCAAAGAUCUCUAAAUUUUGGUGGAAGAAUUCAGAGUAUUGCAAAGCUGGUAAAGGAAGAGUUUCUUCUUAUGUUUGGAGAUCUUUGAUUUGGGGACGUGAAUUGCUCUUGAAUGGGAUAAGGAAGAGGAUUGGAGAUGGACAAGAUACUCUAGUCUAUGGAGAUGCAUGGAUUCCUAGACCUACUUUUUUCCGCCCUUUUUUCCCUCAAAUGGUGGAUCAAGAAACUAAAGUAAAGUGCUUUUCCUUUGAGCGUUAA